AUGGCGCCUUCUUCCGCCCCUGUAGCUUUCUCAGUGAGACGUAGCCCGCCGGAGUUGGUGGCUCCGGCUGAGAAAACACCUAAUGAAUUAAAGCGUCUGUCGGACAUAGAUGACCAAGGAGGCCUCCGUUUUCAGCUUCCAUUUGUUAUGUUUUACUCAAACAUUAAUGAUCCAUUAUUGAUGGUGCAGAAAGAGAAAGACCCUGUGAAGGUCAUUAGAGAAGCUUUAGCUAAAGCACUGGUGUAUUACUAUCCUUUCGCCGGCAGGCUUAGAGAAGGAGGUAACCGGAAACUUACGGUGGAUUGCACCGGAGAAGGUAUCUUGUUCGUUGAAGCUGAGGCAGACAUCACACUCGAGCAGCUUGGUGACACAAUUCAACCGCCAUGCCCAUAUAUUGAAGAGCUUCUGCAUGAUGUUCCUGGCUCUAACGCUAUCCUUGGAUGCCCUUUGCUACUCAUUCAGGUGACCCGUCUGCUAUGUGGAGGAUUCAUCAUUGCUAUACGACUAAACCACACAAUUAGCGAUUCUCUUGGGUUGGUAAAGUUCCUCAACACUGUUGCAGAGAUGGCGGGUGGUGCAUCUGCGCCAUCGCAGCAGCCUGUGUGGCAAAGAGACAUCUUUAGUGCACGUGACCCACCACGGAUAACCUGCGUACAUCACGAGUACGAGGAGAAAGCGAUUGACAACAACAGCUCAACAGCCAUAUUAAUGGAGGACAGUAGCAUGAUGGUCCAUUGGUCUUUCUUUUUUGGUCCCAAAGAGAUGAGAUCGAUACGUAUGCAUCUUCCAUUACACCUUCGGACAUCCUCCACCUUUGAGAUACUCAGCGCUUGCUUAUGGAGAUGCCGCACGAUUGCCCUUCACUUGGAUCAGAAUCAGGUUGUUCGUCUAUCAUGCAUGAUCAAUGCACGUGGUAAGCAAGGGCUACAAGUGCCCGAUGGAUAUUAUGGCAAUGCAUUUGCUUUCCCAACUGCAGUAACAAAGGUAGGAUCACUCUGCCAAAAUCCAUUAGGAUAUGCACUGGAGAUAGUGAAAAAGAUCAAGUCAGAAAUGAGUGAAGAGUACAUCAGAUCAGUGGCGGAUCUUAUGGUGAUCAAAGGACGUCCACGAUACACAACAGCUGGGAACUAUCUUGUUGCCGACACAACACGUGUCGGCUUUGGAGGGGUCGAUUUCGGGUGGGGUAAGCCAGUUUAUGGAGGUCCAAGUGGGGCCAUACCAUUGGUUAGCUUCUUUGCAAGGUUCAGAAACAGCAAAGGUGAGGAUGGAGUUGUAGUGCCAAUAUGGUUGCCAUUGCCUGUAAUGGAAAGAUUUCAGCAAGAGUUGUUGAAGAUAACUCAUCAGGAGCCUGUUAAUCAAUCCCAUGGAGUAAUGCAAAAAAGAAUUUUGUCCUUGCUCUGAAGCAAAUGUUGAAGGGGAAAGUCCUUUUUAUUAGCUUUAGAUUACUACUAAUUAUUUCAAGUGAUUUAGUGUUAUGAUAAUAUAUUAUGUAGGAUUAUGUCAAUCGACAAUUAUCUAUUUUAGUUAAGAGUUUGAGUCUGUAGCAUUACGGUACAGUGUUUUAUGGUAGUAAGUCUCUAUUGUCUUACUUUAUUAAAAGUUGGAAUUAUACUUUAUCUCAUAAUAAGGUUCAAAUUUUAUCUUUAAGUGAUUGUAAGAGUUUUAUCUCCAAGUUAGAGUCAGAGUUUAUCUUCAAGCCUUUUACUUUGUUUCAUGUAGUUCCUUAUUUAAAGGGUGAUCAAUUAAUAAAGAGUAAGCAGAAUUAAUUCAAAA